CCCCCAGGCCAUUGGCCAGGUCCCCGCCUCCCCGGCCGGGGUCACAGGUCCGCCCGCCGGGGUCAGGCCCCUCUCAGCCGGGCCCCAGCCCCCUCCCGCGGGAGGAGGGCCGCCGGCCACGGGCAUGGGUCGCAGUUUGACUCGCCGAACAGCCACGGGCCUCUGGCCCCGGACGCGCCCUCCCUCGGCCGGGGCCCUGCUGUCCCGCCCCGGGAGCCAUGGUCCCUCCCCCGAGGCCGGCAGCCCCUCCUCCAGCUCCAUGCAGCGGGUCUGGGGAUCCCCGGUGUCCAUCGCGGAGACCUCGGGGGCCAGGCCGGAGGGCUCCGCGCCCGAGGGGCCCGCGCCCGCCGCGUCGCCUUCGCGGGAGGCCUCGGACGACUCGCAGCCUCCGUCCUCGUCCCCCUCCUGGCUCUCCUCGCGGCCGCCGACCGCGAGCCCGGCGGCGGACGGGCCGCUGCUGCGCCAGGCCGCGUGGGGCGGGAUGGCGGCCGGCACGUUGCUGGAGGCCGGCCUGGCCCGGGUGCUCUUCUACCCGACGCUGCUCUACACGAUGGUCCGCGGGAGGGUGCCGGGCCGGGCGCGCCGCGACUGGUACAACCGCAUCGACCGCACGGUGCUGCUGGGCGCGCUGCCGCUGCGGAGCAUGACGCGCCGGCUGGUAGAGGACGAGAACGUGCGCGGAGUGAUCACCAUGAACGAGGAGUAUGAAACCAGGUUCCUGUGCCACUCCGCGAAGGAGUGGAGGAAAGUAGGAGUUGAGCAGCUGCGACUCAGCACAAUAGACAUGACUGGAAUCCCAACCUUGACUAACCUCCAGAAAGGAGUUCAGUUUGCUCUCAAGUACCAGUCUCUGGGCCAGAGUGUGUACGUGCAUUGUAAGGCUGGGCGCUCCAGAAGUGCCACUAUGGUGGCAGCGUAUCUGAUUCAGGUGUACAACUGGAGCCCAGAGGAGGCUGUACGAGCCAUCGCCAAGAUCCGGUCACACAUCUAUAUCAGACCUGGCCAAUUUGAAAUUCUCAAAGAGUUCCACAAGGAGAUAACUGCAAAGAAGGAGCUGUAUCACACAUCACAGACAUGAAGUAUGUGGAUUAGAAAGAACUCAAGACAAACCUGCUGGCAAUAGAAGGCAAAUGUUUAACAGGACCAAUGGGGCUUAAGCCCAGACAACGUAACAGAAGUGUGCUAAGUAAUGGGUAAUUUUUCUCCCUUCGUCAUGGUUUCGUUUUCCUGAAAUAACACUGUUGUAUGGCUAGAAAGAUUUAGCCCGGCUUUUAUUUGCAGG